AUGUCAGAAUUCUAUACUCAAGUUCAACUCAGCGACGGAGUCAAGCUCAACGUCUGCAUCCUCGGAGCUGGGAACAAAUCGAAACCCUUAGUAAUCUCUCUCCAUGGGGCUCCAGGACUCUCGUCACACACUGGCAUAAAAGAAGACUUCAAGUUUCUUGCAAACAGGUUCCGAGUUCUCGUGUACGAUCUUCGGGGCAGUGGAGGCAGUGAGGUCAAGGGACCUUUCACCGAUGAGCAAGCUUGGGUGGGAGAUGAAAAGUUCAUCCUUGCUGGGGGGUCUUACGGUGGCUUCCUUGCGCUGAACUACGCCCUCAACUACCCAAACCGUCUCCUAGCCUUGAUACUUCGUAACACCUGGGCAUGUGGCCCCCAAGGCACGCACCGCGCCCUAGCAAACAUCCUCCUAUCCAAACGGAUUAAUCCCGACCCCAUGCGCCAAGUAAGGCUCUGGACCGGUAGCGUUCAAAACCAAGACGACGUAGAACAAGGCAUGGCUGAGAUUGUCACCAUCUACACCCCAAAAGAUAGCCCGGAGCCUGAAAACUUUGAAGGUGCGAGCACUGAACUUUGCUGGGAGGUUCACAACGCUGCGUUUUCUUGGUCACAGCCUCGUUUUGAUGUAAGGUCCAGGCUGUCUGAGAUCAACGUUCCGACCUUGGUAGUUGUUGGAAGGCUUGAUAUCAUUUGUCCCGUUGAAGAGUCUGAGAUGAUCCAGAGGCGUAUUAAGGGUAGCGAGCUUGUUGUUUUUGAGAAGUCAGCUCAUAAUCCUGCUACUGAUGAGCCGGAGAAGUUUCGGGAGGUUCUCUCGGAUUUCCUUGGGAGGCUUGCAUGGUAA